CGUCUCUUCCUAUCUCCCAAAAGCCCUCUUCUCUGUCUUCAUCUCCCCUCCCCCCUCCUCUCCGUCAUGAUCGCCCCCUCCAUCCGUGCCUCCGCCUCGGGCGCUCUCCGCACCGCCGCCGCUGCCGCUCAGGUGAGCCCGACAAUCAUGUCCGCGCUAGAUCAGCGCGCGACGCAAACAAAUUUGUCCACAUGCUGACCGCGUCUCUUACUCCUUUCGACGUGCGGUGCUUUCUUUCCCCCUCCUUCUGGCUAUCCCUUAUCAUGCACAGCGCGCCCCCAUUGCCCGGGGAAUGGCGUCGGUCGCGAUGGAGAACAAGCUUCCCGCCAAGUUUGGUGGCAAGUACACCGUCACCCUCAUCCCCGGCGACGGUAUCGGUACCGAGGUCACCGACUCGGUGAAGGAGGUGUUCGAGACUCUCAACGUCCCCGUUGAGUGGGAGGAGUACAACGUCUCGGGUGAGACAACUGGCGACGCUGGUCUGUUCCAGGAGGCCAUGGACAGCCUGAAGCGCAACAAGGUCGGCCUCAAGGGUAUCCUCUUCACUCCUAUGGGCGUUGCCGGCCACAACUCGUGGAACGUCGCCAUGCGCCAGUCGCUUGACAUCUACUCUUCGGUCGUCGUGUGCAAGUCGCUCCCCGGUCUCCCCACCCGCCACGAGAACGUCGACUUUGCCAUCAUCCGUGAGAACACUGAGGGCGAGUACUCGGGUCUCGAGCACCAGUCGUAUCCCGGUGUCGUGGAGUCGCUGAAGGUGACGACCAAGGCCAAGGCCGAGCGCAUCGCCCGCUUCGCCUUUGACUUUGCGAUCAAGAACAACCGCAAGAAGGUCACCUGUGUGCACAAGGCCAACAUCAUGAAGCUCGGCGACGGUCUCUUCCUCAACACCUGCAAGCAGGUCGCUGAGAACGAGUACGGCCACACCGGCAUCAAGUUUGACCAGAUGAUUGUCGACAACGCCUCGAUGCAGCUGGUCGCCAAGCCCCAGCAGUUCGACGUCGUCGUCCUCCCCAACCUGUACGGUUCCAUCAUCUCCAACAUCGGCGCUGCCCUUGUCGGCGGCCCCGGUGUCGUUCCCGGCUGCAACUUCGGCCGCGAGUACGCCCUCUUCGAGCCCGGAUGCCGUCACGUUGGCAAGGACAUUGCCGGCAAGAACCGCGCCAACCCCACUGCUUUCCUCCUUUCCGCCACCAUGCUCCUCCGUCACCUCGGCCUCGAGGACCAGGCAAACACCAUCGCCUCGUCUGUGUACAACGUCAUCAAGGCUGGCUAUCACCGCACCUACGACGUUGGAGGCACCACCUCGACGACCGACUUCACCAAGGCGGUCAUCAACAAGGCUCUUGCGGCUUAGGCAUGAAGUGGACUAUUAUGGGUGUAAGGCGUAUCAAUGCAAACAUUAGAAAG